AUGGACGACGCAUCGGUCUCGCCGACGUCCGGCAAGGCUCGAACGUCGCUGUUCAGUGCAUCGCGCUUCGCAUCCUCUUCCCCCUCGCCCUCCGGACGACGUCUCUCCUCGUCAUCCUCACAGAUCGGCACGCCGUCCUCCGAAGUGUCUAGCUCACGAUCGCCAUCCGGUCUUUUCCAGCAGACGUCCAUGGCGCUGCAGUCUUUCGCCAUCGAGUCGGUGCUCGCUGCUUCAGCUGCACCGCCUCGACUACCCGUAGCGCAGAACAAGGAGCCGCUGUCACUCCCGACAACGACCAAGAACUUCCGAGGGUUCGUGCAGAAGUCCGGGCCCAUCUUUUGGUUCCAGGAUGGAGCUGAAGCGACUCUGCUGUGGCAAGAUACCAAUUGGACGUUGAUGUGGAUGGCCAUCUGGGCAGUUGUCUCGAUCUACCCGUGGUUGUUGCUCUUGGCUCCCAGUACGAUCCUCUCCAUCAUCCUCGUCAUGACCCAUCGCGCGCGGUUCCAGGACAACAUGACACCCAGCAUUCGUAUGGAAGUACCUAAGUCCCCAUCCACCAAAUCAUCCGAAUCCACCGCCGCUGCUUCUCCAGCGGACGUCCUCUCCUACUCCACCACCUUCCCCACCAGCACCGGCGAAGGCAACAUUCAACCACCGCUUGUCCCCAAUCCACCCCACGAAGGCACCGUCAAAUACUACGAGAACCUGCGCGACAUCCAAAACAUGAUGCGCAUGAUCAUCGACGGCUACGAUCUGCUCGCCCCCACCGUUCCCUACCUCAACUGGUCGAGCUACAGUCGAAGUCUGCACAUCCUCCAGCUGUCGCUGUUGACGACGGUGUUAAUGUUCUUUGUUGCACCGUACAUCCCCUUCCGAGCGGUGAUGUUUGUCGCGGGUGAGGGCGCGUUCAUCUUGAAUCAUCCUUGGACGAAACCUGCGAUAGAAGGCUUGGUGAAGCGGGUGGAUACGAGCAGAGAGGGGAGGAAGUUGAUCAAGAUCGCCAAGGAAGGUGGACAUAAGGUGAGGGAGUGGGUGGAACAAGAUCGGUUGGAUGAUUUCGUGUGGGAGAAGGGAUGGAGGAAUGUGGAGAUGUUUGAGAACGAGAGGUUUGUGGGGGGCAAGAGGGCGGCUAGUUCUAGUGGAGUGGUGGGGGGAUGGAGUGGGCAUAAUUUGAGGAUGGGGGAGAGGUUGCCGUGGACGAAAGGUCCGGAUGGUUGGAGCAGCGAUGAGGUGGAGGUGUUGCCAGGCAGUCGGAUCGAUGUCAGCAGGCAAGUAGCGAUGAAGCUCGAACCCGGUUGGGAGUGGAUCCCCGGCGACGACUGGAGGAUCGACUGGGGCGGCAGCUGGUCCGCCGUAGGCACCGACGAUCAAGGAUACGUGUAUACGGAUGGUAGCUGGCAGAAGCCCGCGAGCUAUUCGUACGGUCAUGGCGGCGGUGUACCCGACUACCCGCCUUCGAUCUUUGAUGUGCAGGGUGAGGCAGACGACGACGAUAGCGAGACGCUGCUGGAUGGUGAGGAGGGGACGAACGCGGAUGCGAGGAGCACGAUUUUCCCGUUGAGCGCCGGUGUGGUCGAUCACGAUCCGAAGAGCAAAGCAGAGACCAGGAGGAGGAGGUGGUUGAGACGCGCCGUUAGAACUGCCGUUUGA